GAGCUAGGCGUUAUCGAUGAUAUUUAUUGAAAAUUAAAAAGUAAAAAAUUCACAACUUGUUAGUCAAAAUUUGAUGAUCUCCCGUUUUCGUAUGAUAAUAUAAGUUUGAGCAUAAUUUUGUUGCAAAAUUGGACUGCUGAAGACGUGCCACGUGUAAAGCAUGCAGCGCCGCAGCUGUGAAACCUUUUUCCACCAAAUUUAAUUUGCGUAAGAAUGAUCACGUAUAUAUAUCCAAUAUCUUCUUUCAGUUUCGUAAACCGUAAACUGGUAUCAUCUCUCUUCUUCUACUCCACAGAAUCAGAAUAGUUUGUCACGACGGAGCGCAAGGCGGCGAAAAUGGUGGAGAUCUACGACUGCGAGGGGGAGCCGAGCAGUCCCGCUCUGGAGCUGAGCGAGGACGAAUCGAUCAGCUUCGCGGACCUCAACCGGCGCAUGUGGAAGGACCGGAUGCGCAUGCAGAAGAUGAAGGCCAAGCUGGAGGCGGAGCAGCCCGACACGGCGGAGAAGCUGGAGCACUCCCGCCGGAAGAAAAUGUGCCGCGCUCAAGACGCCAUCCUCAAAUACAUGGUGAAGAUCAUGGACGUCUGCAAGGGCCAAGGCUUCGUCUACGGCAUCGUGCCUGACAAAGGGAAGCCCGUCACGGGCGCCUCCGACAGCCUCCGCCGCUGGUGGAAGGAGGACGUCCGCUUCGACGUGAACGCCCCCGCCGCCAUCGCCGACUUCCUGCCGCAGAUGACGGCCGAGAUGGGCCCCGAUUCCUUCAUGCACCUGCUCCAGGAACUGCACGAUACCACGCUGGGGUCGCUGCUCUCGGCCUUGAUGCAGCACUGCGUGCCGCCGCAGCGCCGCUUCCCUCUGGAGCGGGGGCUUGCGCCGCCCUGGUGGCCGCGCGGCGACGAGCUGUGGUGGGGGGACCAGGGGGACGCCGCGCACGAGCACGGCCCGCCGCCCUACCGGAAGCCGCACGACCUGAAGAAGGCGUGGAAGGUGAGCGUGCUGGCGGCCAUCAUUAAGCACAUGGCGCCCGACUUGGAGCGGAUGCGGCGCCUCGUCAGCCAGUCCAAGUCGCUGCAGCACAAGAUGACUGCCAACGACUCCGCCACUUGGGCCAAGGUGGUUAAUCAAGAAGAAGCCAUCGUCAAAUUGGCUCAGAAAUCACUCAAGAUCUCCGAUCUAGAUGAAGAUGAGCAAGGGGAAAGUGAUGAAGAUCUUGGAUUGAUUAGGGCCAAUGAGAAGAGGCCGUGCGAGUUUGGCUCCGGCCGCCUCCACUUAGCCUACGCUUGCCAGAACUCCGGCUGUCCGAGGAAUGCUGACGAGGCUGGAUUCGCGGACAAGAAUUCAAGAAUUGAUCAUCAACUAAUCUGUGCUUACGGAAAUACUGAAAAUGGCCUCCAACUCUUUCUAAAUGAUCAACAAAAGGAGACCCAAAUUCUGCAGGAGUUGAACCUCUGUGAAAAGCUGAUGAUGCCAUUGGAGAAGAGCAAUGAAGAGACUAGUUGCAGCAUUGCCACUUCUGGAAGUUUCUGGAACCUUGAUGAGAUGGAACAGCUCGGAUUCGGACCCGUUUACGGGAACUUGGAUCCGAAUAACGUUAAACCUAUAGAGGAGGUCUUCAACGAGGAUUUUGCACCUUCUAUUUGGGACUUGGGGUAUCAUGACGUGGUGGAUUGA